AUGUCUGGAGCACAAGAUCAGCUUGAGAUAAAGUUUAGGUUGACUGAUGGAUCCGAUAUUGGCCCGAAGAACUUCCCUGCGGCUAUGAGUGUUGCAACUUUGAAGGAGAACAUUAUAGCUCAAUGGCCUAAAGAGAAAGAAAAUGGUCCACGAACAGUGAAAGACAUCAAGUUAAUUAGCGCAGGAAGAAUAUUGGAGAACAAUAGAACCUUGGCGGAUUGUAGGAGUCCAUUAUGUGAUAUUCCUGGCGGAGUCAUGAUCAUGCAUGUUGUCAUCCAACAACCAUUGAUGGAGAAAGAGAAGAAAUUGCCAAAAGGCACAACCAUUUCUUGUGAUGAAGAUCUAUCAAGAUGGUGUACUCACUGGGAUUGA